AUUUGAAAUGAACAGUUCACUCGUGGAAGGUUAUAAAUGAAGGCAGCUUUACAACAAAGGCAAAGAAACAUAGUCAUGGAAGUAGAAAACACACUACACAUGAAGGUUGGCGAUGGAGAAUCAAGCUACGCGAGUAACUCAUUUCUUCAGGAAAUUGUCAUACGGAAAACACUGCAUGUUUUAAAGCAUACAAUCAAGGGAAUGGUUAAUCUUGAAACGGCCUUCAGCAAAGUUUUCGUAUUAGCAGAUUUAGGAUGUGGCACCGGCACAAAUACACUAUUGCUUGCAUCUAUGGUUAUUGAUUUAGUCCUUGAGCUCUGUAAAGAAAUUAAUCUUAAAACACCACAAUUUCAAGUCUUCUUAAAUGAUCUUUUUGGAAAUGAUUUCAAUACCAUUUUCCAAUUGUUACCGAAGUUUAGAGCAAACCUUAAGAAGGAGAAGGGAGAGAAUUUUGGGUCUUGUUUUGUUUCAGCUAUUCCAGGCUCCUUUUAUCGCAGGCUCUUUCCAGAUGAAAGCUUACACCUUGUUCACUCCUCUUAUUCUGUUCAUUGGCUUUCUCAGGUACCUGAAGGCAUUGAAAACAACAAAACAAAUAUAUACAUGGCAAGAACAAGUCCUCCCAAUGUGUUUGAAGCAUAUGGAAAGCAAUUUCAUACUGACUUUAUAAAGUUUUUAGAACUUCGUGCCAAAGAAGUAGUACGUGGUGGGUGCAUGGUUUUGACAUUUCUUGGUCGGAGUAGUGCUGAUCCAACCACUGAUGAUGGUUGCCGUCUUAUGGAGCUAUUAGCACAAUCACUUCUAGAUAUGGUCAAAGAGGGGCUGGUCGAAGAAUCAUUUAUCAACUCAUUCAAUCUCCCCCAUUAUUCCCCAUGCGAGGAUGAAGUCAGGAAAGCUAUUCACAAUGAAGGCUCCUUUUGUCUUAAUACCUUUAAUGUUUUUCAAGGUAACUGGGAUCCAUAUGACACUGACUACACAAAUUUGGUAGAUUUGAAUGACCAGAUCAGCCACAUCCAUGCCAAAAACUGUGCUAAAGCUCUCAGAGCUGUUAUGGAACCGUUGUUGACAUCUCAUUUCGGAAAUUUGAUAAAUAUUGAUGUGUUAUUUCAGAAGUUGCAAAUGCAUGUGGCCGAAGAUCUAGCAAACAAGAAAACUAGAUACUUUAAUAUAGCCAUUUCAUUGUCUAAAAAAUGAGCUAUCAUGUUAGAUUAGUCACUUGGCUGUUUUAAAUCACUCAACUGAUUUUUAUUUAUUUUUUCUUCUUUUUGUGAUUUUUGUAUUUUGUUGUUUAUUUCUUAUUUGUAUUUUUCUCA